AUGGCGCUGCUGUACCGCGCGACGCGGCUCAAGGACCGCGCCGACACGCACGUGUUCACAUUCGUGGUGACGCGUUCGGCCACGCGCGAGCCCGACCGCGACGUCACGUCUAAGGACUUCUGCUGCUCGCACCAACGUUGGGCAGUCGCCUUUAGCCGUACAGACGCCUCAUUAGGUGUGUAUUUGGUAUGGCGCGGCGCGUGCGAGGGCAUGCGCGUCUAUGUGGACUUCACAUUCACUCUGCUGAGCCGCGACCACUUCACCGCCAACGAGGGCUUCUCCGGCAAGCAGGUGCGGUUCAGUUCGGGAUGCGCGGCACAGGGUCGCGGCCGGUGCAUCACGCUCGCCGAGCUCACCGCGAAGUUCGCGGACGCGCGCGGCGAGUUCCAGCUCGAGCUCACCAUGUCGAAGGUCCGGACUUUGUACUCCUGCGAGCUACGCGCGCCGCGGCUCGAUACUCCGCCCAUAGCUUUCGCCGGCUUUGACUGGUCGGUGUCAGCGAGUGGGGGGAACAAGGAACCCCUUACGUUGCGCCUGGUGCGUCUGUCCGGGGAGGGGCAGCGUUGCCGGGUUCGGUAUGCCCUCGCUCUGGGAGAGGGCGAACGUCGCCUGCAUUCCGGUCCACUUGAGUGCGUGUGCGACCCCGAGGGACGAACGCCUCCUUGGAAUCCCCGCCCUCCUUCUCGUAUUCUACAUAAGGGUGUGAGACUGACGGUGGAGCUGGUGUGGGCGCGCGCGUUGGCUGAGAUGGCGGUGUCAGCAGCCGGUCGUGCGGCCACGUGCUACGAUCGCGACAAGCAGGCUUGGGCGCUGCGAUGCGACACUCACUCUGAGACCGUGCGCCUUCACAUGCUAUACCGCGACGUGCACCAUGUGCCCAGGAACCACCUUCGCUACGUGAGCUGGUCAGCAUGGCUAGUGCGCGCUUCACCGGCACCGGGCGAAGCUGAUGCCGACGAACUGCCGGGCGCACCCUUCGAACAUUACUAUGCGCAGGAGAGUGCGGACGAGGGUCUCAUGAUGGAAACCGCACUUCGAGUGGAGGACAUUUCGCGUGCUGGGUGUGCCUUUCUGCACGCGGGCGGCGAGCUCCGCGUUCGUCUUGAGUGGGGCGACACCUAUCUUCUCUUCCAGGCUACAUACCAUGUCUACGAUGACCUUUGUCGUCUGCACGCUCAUCAAAUGAGGCGUGAAAUAACAGCGUUACAAGCGGAGAACUAUUCACUGGAGCGGCAGCUGUUCAGCUACCAGAAGAGCCUGGCGUAUGCGCAAGCGCAGGCGGGGGAGCCGGCGGGCGCAGAGGCCACGGGGCGGCGCUCGCCCGCCGAGCGUUCGCUUUCUACCGACACUGAGUACGCGUGAGACGCGCCCCCCCACGGCCGCGCCCCGCGCCCCUCCCCGCGCCGCGCCGGCUGUCUUCUCAUGUGUUCUCCACUCUUCUAUCUUCUCGACUGACUCUGACGUUUUUGAGCGAUUUAUCUAUUUUUCUAAAAGUUUUACGGCGAGCCGCGCCUCGCCUGCACGCUUGCCGCCGCCCGCCGGCGCU